AUGGGUCUUAUUAAGAAGAAGACUGGAUCGAGGGGCACCGAGGGUGGUGUCAAGUACGUGUGUGACGUGUGCUCGUCGGACAUAACAUCGACGGUGCGUAUACGCUGCGCCAGCGACGUCUGCCACGAGUAUGACCUCUGUGUGCCCUGCUUCUCUGAUGCAAAGCACUCCCGCGACCACGACCCCAAGACACAUCCAUAUCAAGUAAUUGAGCAGCACUCAAUACCAAUAUUCACAGAAGACUGGGGUGCAGAUGAAGAGCUCGCCCUUCUCGAAGGAGCAGAAACGUACGGCUUAGGAUCAUGGGCAGACAUAGCAGAUCACAUUGGCGGGUUCAGGUCCAAAGACGAAGUACGGGACCAUUACAUAAACACGUACAUAAACAGCUCCAAGUUUCCUCUACCGGAAAGAGCCAGCCCCGAGGAUACCGAACUCAGCGACCGGAUACCACGAGAUGUGUUCCAGGCCAAUAAAAAGCGGAGGAUAGAGAAGAAGAAGGAUGACGCCCAGAAUGCGCCACCUGCAACGCCGAAGCAGAAGCCAACUGCCAGUGUACCGGCAUGUCACGAAGUCCAAGGCUACAUGCCUGGUCGAUUAGAAUUUGAGACCGAAUACUUCAACGAGGCAGAAGAAGCUGUGCAGCACAUGCAGUUCGAUCCCGGCGAUGGUGUCAACCCCAGGACAGGCGAGAUUGAGCCAGAGAUGGAAUUGAAGAUGACAGUGAUGGAGAUAUAUAAUUCUAAAUUAGAUGCGCGAGUCGAGCGGAAGAAGGUUAUCUUCGAACACAAGCUCCUGGACUACCGGAAGAAUGCCGCUGCCGACAAGAAGCGGACGAAAGAGGAACGUGAUCUUCUCAACAAAGCAAAGCCUUUCGCCCGGAUGAUGAAGCAUGAUGACUUUGAGAAGUUCAGCGAGGGGCUCAUCUACGAACACAGCUUGCGACAAGCCAUAAACCAGCUCCAGGAUUGGAGAAACCACCAGAUCACGGACCUAAAACAAGGCGAAAAAUAUGAGCAGGAAAAGCAGCAACGACAGUCUCGAGGCCCUCCACUGGGACAGUUCGAUCGCCUUGCAUCAAACCGAAUAAGCAAGCCCACGCCUCCUUUCGAGACACCUUCAGCCACACAAGCACUGACGGCGGCUGAACUGCCUCUACACCUACGCCAGAAGAACGGACUUUCGACGCCGCCUCCUGACCAGCCGAACGGUACCAAUGGCGUGCUGACACCGCAGCAGUCCAAGACCAAAUUCGUAGCAAAAGCAUUACCCAAUACAGUACCCUUGAAAUUUGCCAAAGAAGCAGCCUCGGACCUACAGCUUCUCACGCCGGAGGAACAAGAGAUUUGUCGAGUUCUACGCAUCUUGCCGAAACCCUACUUUGUGAUCAAAGAGAACUUGAUUCGAGAAGCGAUGAAGCAGGGCGGUUCUCUUAAGAAACGGACUGCGAUCGAGAUAGCGAAGAUUGACGAACGCAAGACGAAGCAGAUAUUCGACUAUUUUGUACACAGUGGAUGGAUUGCACGCGCGUAA